AAAUAACCCAAAAUAAAGGACAAUAUUGUACUGUUGUUCCUCCCUUGUCAUCCCAUGAACUGCAGUAACAACACAACUCAGUUUCGCAACACUAACCCAACACCUUCAUCACAGCCGUCCAUCUCUAUCAGGACCACCCAACACGCAUACACCGUGUGCUUCCUCAAUCUUUCUCCUCCUCCUUCAUCUCGUCUUUCUUCUUCUUCUUCUUCUUCCUCUCAAUUUCGCUUUUUGUCUCUAAAUCCUUUCCUCUUCCCUUCCUCACAACCUCACAAGAUCCAACAACGCCAACGAUAAUGGUCGAAUCCUCUCCGACCUAAACCCUACCCCUUUUUCUCCAAGGUCUUUCUUCUUCUCUUUCCCUUUUCAUCUUUUCUAUUUUCUUCAUCAUGAAACCCUUAAUCUGCGAGCAUUAACCUAGAACUGUUCACGAAUUUUAUUCAGCUUAAGUUCAAUUCUAGUAAUUCACCGCCGAUUAUAUGGUCAACCUUCUUCACUGGAUCUAGGAUUGUUCGUAUUUUCUACUAAAUUAGGGUUUUUAUUUUCCCCAAAUUUUUUUCAAUUUUCUUUUCCGAAUGUUCGAUUCUCUCAGCUAGCAUAGUUUUGUUUGAUAAAUCAUAAUCACCCCACUUCAAACUUGAGUUUCUUCGAUUUGUAUUAAAGUUUUGUUUUUUAGGUUUUAUUGUUUUUUUUGUUGUUGCUGUAAUAUUAGCUGCUUGAUAUUCAUAAUUAAAGCAAGCUUGAAGAUCUGUGAUGGGGGAGGAAAGUUCCGAUGCAAUGAACCUUGAUUUGAAUCUGGGUCCAGACCCAGAACCACCAACUGGGUCCAUAACCAAUGAGGCUUUGAACUUGGAUGAUUGGAUUGAGGAGCCUCUUCAGCGAAUUAGCGAAGCUGCUGCAAGGCUUAGGGGGAGACAGAGGUGGAGAUGGAGGCAACUUCCGAUUUCUCCACCUUAUCCUCAACAAGUUCAUCGCAUUCUACCUCAGCCUUAUGCUCAAGUUCAUCAAAUUCUACCAGAGCCUGCGCAUCAUAUUUAUAUCCCACCUGAAGCUCGCAAUAUCUCUAUUGAAUUGAACAAUUUUUUGGUCAAUUCGGGUAAUGGUACGGGGUUACAGGCUGGAGAAGGAAGUGUGGCGGCUGUGGAGAGAAUGGAGGAAGAGGAGGAGCCGUUGAAAGCGUGUGAAAACAACAAUGGUGUUAUGGAGGAUGAGAUGUCACAGAAGAAGGAUGAUGUUGAAAAGACUGGUGGCAAUGAUGGGGACUUUUUUGAUUGUAAUAUCUGUUUGGACCUGUCCAAGGAGCCUGUUUUGACUUGUUGCGGUCAUCUGUUUUGUUGGCAGUGCUUAUAUCGAUGGUUGCAUCUGCAUUCAGAUGCUAAGGAGUGUCCGGUUUGCAAAGGGGAGGUGACAAUUAAGAGUGUUACCCCCAUCUAUGGUCGAGGGAACAAUGCUCGUGUUCUUGAGGAGGAUUCCACUCUUAAAAUUCCUCCUAGGCCACAAGCAAAGCGUGUUGAAAGUCUGAGACAAACCAUUAUGAGAAAUGCUUCUGCACUCCCUGUAGAGGAGGUGAUUCGGCGUCUUGGAAACAGAAUUGAUCUCACUCGGGAUCUAGUUCAGCCAAAUGAAACAGAAAAUGCCCGUGGAACAGUAGAGAGAACUACUUCCUUGCUAAGUAGGUUUUUGACAUCUCGAGGCAUGAGGAGAGAGCAGAAUCCUGUGGCACCACCGGAAGAUGUUGCAGGUUUGAAUCAGAACAAUGUUAAUGGCGCUGACUUGGGAGGGGAUCACCGCAGGGUGCAAUCUCUUUUGCUUCGAAGAUCACAAUCACAUAGAGCCACACUUUCUAGUCUUUCAUCAGCAUUGACUUCUGCUGAAAGGUUGGUUGAGGCAUAUUUCCGUAGCAAUCCAUUAGGAAGAAACCAAGAACAACCACCUACUUCAGUUGAUGACAGAGACUCCUUUUCAAGCAUUGCCGCUGUCAUAAAUUCGGAGAGUCAAGUGGACACUGCUGUAGAAAUUGAUUCCAUGGUAACCUCUUCUAGGAGGAGAGCUGAUGCUUCAAGAUUGUCUGAUGUGGACAGUGGAGAUUCUCGUGCUCCAAGGCGCAGACGUCUGAACUAAUAAAGCAUUCUAGAUCAAGUUAUUACUAUUCUAUCAUAUCAUGUAACACAUCAUAAUAAUUUUCCGACAUCUAUAAAUAUUUCAUGGGGAAAGGUCAAUGGCAAUUCAGUCUCCUUGUUUUCCUUGUCAACAAUGUGGUCCAAGUUGUGUUUUCAGCAAAGUUGUUGUAGACAGUUAAUUGUAAUAGAUAAAACUAAUAAGCCUAGUAGUUACUCAUUUGUUUAGGAUCCAAAAACAGUUAUUUGAAUGAUCAGUUGUCCAUCUGCUAAGUUUGCAUCA